AUGGUGCGGCGAGAUGAUGAAGCGCGCCGAGACAAGCCCCGAGCCGUAGCCGUGGUCGUGGCCGUGAUGGUUCCGUGGCCGUGUGUCGUGGUCGUGAUGUUUCUUGGUGCUGGAAGAGGCAGCUCGUUGCAGUGGCAGAGCAGACGUACGAGGCUGAGUUGGACAGGAGAGCGUGCGUGUGAGGGUGGACCUGGCGAAGGGCCCUUGGGCCAUGACUCUCGCAGGGUCCGAGUGUCCUUCUGGAAGCUGUGGAUUGGGCCGCGGAAUGCAGGAUCCAGACACGGUUGGAACACGAAUCGGCCCACGGCCCAAUUAGAGGCCACUACGCCUGCCGCGGCAUGGUGGGGCUGUCCAAAGGAUUACACAGCCGUUGCGAAGCACGUGAGGUCGGCGGCUCAAUUGCUGGAGCCUGAGGCCCAAAAAGGCAGAAAAGCGGUUGUCAGGCUGGCAUCAACCAAGCAUGAAAACAACGGUCGCAGUCGCUGUGGAAUCUUGGAAAGCCACGGCUGGGCGCGUUUCUUUUGCGGGGCGGCGUCGAAAGCGGCGGCCCUGGCCAGCCGUGGCAGAGAUGGCUUCGUGAGACCGACUGCCCACCCCGGGCCGUCAACGCUGCGUGGUGGUGCUGGCGCUGGCGGCCUCUGGUGGAGGGUGCGGCAGGGGGCACGUGAGGCAGCCCGCAGCGUUGACAGCAUAUCCCACCUACCCAGUUCGCAACCGACCGCUGGAACCGCAACCGCAUUGCCGCCCUCGACAUUCACCCACCGCAGUGACACAGGACCCGCCCAGUGCCAUCGCGCGCCGCUGUCCGCUGUCGCUAGUCGCCUGCCGCCGACACCGCCGGCUCAACUCGCCCAAGCCGUGAAGCUGGAUUCACAGGAGACCUCGACGCCGCCACCCCUCUACUACUCGCCUGUCACCAGCGACCGAGGGCGCGAGUCCACUGCCGACACCACUCCCAUCAGCACCCCCGUCGAGGCUGCCUGCUCCCCUCACUUUGGCCGCAAGCGAGGCGAGAAGGACCUCUACUUCUCGUGGCACGCCCGCCGCAAGCCUCACGAGCUCGGCUCUGGCCACAGGAGCGUCGAGCUCCACGACGCCGAUCUUCUGUUCGACGACGCGGGCGACUGCAGCUUUCCUCUGUUCCCCGAGUCGCCCCCGCGGCACACGGUAUUCGACAUGGCCACAGCAGCCUCGCCCAUCGACAUCUCAACGCCACCACGCUUCAACUCGACCUCUCCCCGCAAUCCCGCCAGCAAUCUGACCUCUGCGUUGCAGGGUGCUUCGGCUCACGAUUACCAUGAUGCAGUCCUGAACAUCGGCGGAGCGACCCAGGAAUCCCGCGACGGCAGACUCAGCGUUGGCGGGCGCCAUGAUUCCAUCAGCACCGGUCUUGGCGGAUCCUACUAUGGCUCAGGCGCACGACCGAUAUCCAUGAAAGACCGCCCACGCCGCGAGAGCAACACGGGCAGCUUCAUGGGCGGUAUGUCUUGGGGCGGCGUUUCCGUCGGCAGCUUCAUCAGAGACGAUAUCUUCAUGGGCGGAACCUCGCCUGCCUUCAACCAGUCGCCCUCGUACCACUCAUCCUCAUAUCUGCCAAAAAUGGAGGCCAAUUUCAUGAAGGACUUCUCUUGUUGCGGCCUCGUCCUUGACACGCUGCACGAGCUGCUCCAGCACUACGAGGAGAAGCACGCUAACCCCCCAAACAUGCGAACCUCGCAAUCUGUGCAGGAAGGACUGCCCGGCAGCAGUAAUGCAAACGGCUCAUCCGGAGCAGCUCCCGCAGUCCAGGCUCAACCAGACUCCGCCACACAAACACAACACGGCUUCCGGACACCGACGACAACGCCAGCGAACACCUUCAGGUCGCAGCGAAUAGGCUCGGAUGGAUUCAAUAGAACAAACUUGUCGACAGUGCAGGAUAUGGAUUCCUUGGAGGACAUGGAGAUGGACGAUGCAGACCCUCUCCCGCAAAUCGAUGAGAACCCAUUGAUGGGCAAUUAUCAGCGACCUCACGACACCCCCGCGUCUAACGGACUACCACAACUAAACGUGAACGCCGCCAACACAGUGGCUCACUCAGGUUUACGUACAUCGACUCCCACUACCCCGGCGGCUGGACAUCAAGGGUUCGGGUUGCAACACAACCCCACUGUUUCAUCCGUGAACACGCCGACCCUCGGGACCACGCAGCAACAAAAUCGGUCAUCACCUGACUCAUCGCACCCUGGAACGCCUGCCGAGCUGCUGGACUUCGAUUUUACCGGGUUACCCAUGCAAAUGGGCGCGGGCAUGAUGCAGGGGUCCGACAAUUUUAACUUUGGAUUCCAGAACGGCAUAUCCAACUUUGACGGGACCAUUGACCAGCCGGCGAAGCGGCUUUACAGCAAGCAAGGUGGUCCCAACCAGCAACAGCUGCAGAUGGCUUUCCAGAACUACCAGAUGGGCAAUGACAACGGCGAGUUCGCCAAGUUACGCCAGCAGCAGAUCACGUCUGGCAAUCUGAACAUGGCCCCAAUGCAAUUCCAGGAAGAGGUCAAGCCGUUCAGGUGUCCAGUCAUUGGGUGCGAGAAGGCAUACAAGAACCAGAAUGGCCUCAAGUAUCACAAAGUGCACGGCCACCAAAACCAACAGCUCAAGGAAAACGAUGACGGCACCUUCUCCAUUGUCGACCCCCUUACGUCGAUCCCAUACCCUGGCACCGUAGGAAUGGAGAAAGAGAAACCAUACAAGUGUGAACACUGCGGGAAGCGCUACAAGAACCUCAAUGGUCUUAAGUAUCAUCGCGGACACUCAAACCCGUGUAACCCAGACCUGAGGAUGAACCAGCUAGCGGCCAUGGGUUUGGGACCCAACAACCUGCAAGGCCCGAACGUGAAUGUCGCAGGCGCGGGCUUCUUAUCAUGA